AUGGGACCAAGUAUUAAGGCUAAGUUGAUGGAGAAUGUGAUGCGAUCUGAUAGAAUGGGUAUACAAGACUAUGGAAAUGAUAUAUUUAGAGUGAUUUUUGGUAAAGGAGAUUUGACUGUUGAUCUUAACAACCAUACUUGCUCAUACAAUGCAUGGGACAUGAAUGGAAUGCCUUGCUUACAUGCUUGUGAUGCAAUUAAAUCAUUUCAUGAAAAUGUAUAUAAGUAUGUAGACAAGUACUUGACACAAGAAGCUCAGGAAAAGAUUUACAACAAGGUAAUGAUUGCAAUUGAGACUUAUGUUAUUACUAUACCAGACAUCCUGAAUUAUGAUGACUACAGACAUACGGUGUUCCUUCAGCCACCUUUCACUACCUGGCCUCCUGAAAGGCCAAGAACUCAAAAGGUUGAAUCCCAAUUCUAA